AUGUUACUUGUGCGACUAAAAAAAUGUCUGCAACCGAUGAUAUGUGCCCGUUUUCUAUCAUAUAUUUCCCGCGCAAAAUGUACGGAAGAGUUCAACCACCACCUCUCCCACGGGCGUGCAAUAUUCGGCGGUGUAAUGCCAAACACGUCGAAUACUAUGCGACGAACCUUGUUGCCGGAUGGAAUAAGUUCUAUAUUCAUGACCAAGGGUAAUUUUCUCGGAAGACAUACCGAAGAAGCCUAUUGGGGUCCGAGACCCGACCAAGCUUAUGGGUCCGUUGAUGAGUCGUUAUCUUGGAUUGGGCUUUCAAAUCUUUAUGAGUAUUGCAACUCUUUGAGGAAAGUUGCGGUUACAAUGAGAGGGACCAAAACGCCGAUGGAUGAUUACGUUUACUGGUUUGUGCUAGAGGCUUUCCGAUGGCUAGACAAUGGGUCCAUCGAUGAAGUUGAAUUAGUUUACGAACAAGGAGGGCCGAGAGAUGGGCCGCCAAAAAUAUGGGACGAAUUGUUACUGUGGGUUUCACAGGACUGGAGAAGUAACCCGGCCGCCUUCUGGAGAUUUGGUUGGCAUGGUUUGGAUUACAUACGGAAGUGGAGUAAUAUCAGAUGGAAGUUUGAAAAGGUGUCAAAUAGGACGUUAGAUCAGAGGGGGAGGUUUCUUAGAUAUUGGGACUAUGGGGAAUGUAGCAAGGGUGGAGUGGCCGAGGAAGUCGUUGUUUGGAGUGUCAAGAAAGAGCCGCGACAGUACAAGAUGGGGUUAGCGAGCCAGUACCUGUUACCAGGCCCAUUAUUGAGGACGUUGGAUAGUCUGGCAAUUUAG